GUUCCUCCACCUGACGUGCCUCGGGGCCACACGGCAGCCAUAGGACGGAGCUGCCGCGGGUGCCGCAUGGCGCACAGCGUGCUCUACGCCGACCUGCGCUUCGCCAAGGGGCCACGGGGACACAGCAUGGCCAGCGGAGUGCUGGGGGCAGCCCCCGGCAUGGAUGAGGCCGACAGCCCCUAUGAGAACGUGGCACCGGGGCCAGCACCCGUGAGGCCGGCUGGGGAAGGGACCCGGCACAGCCCAGGGCGCUGCUCCCGGCGGCGCUGCGUCCCCGCGGGGCUGCUGGCAGCCAGCCUGCUGCUGCUGGUGGCCCUGGUGGCCCUGGGAACCUGCUACUGGCAGGCGACCCGCGAGCUGCGGGACACGUCCCUGGAGCAGGCGGCCGAGCGCGGCCGCUUCUCGCAGGAGGCGCGGGCGUGGGAGCAGAGCCUGGAGCAGGCGCGCCGGGAGCUGGCGCAGGCGCGCACGGAGCUGCAGCGAGCGUGGCGAGAGGGCAACAGCAGCCUGCUGGAGCUGGGCAGGCAGGAGGCCGAGCUGGCACGAGUCUCGGGGGCCCUGGCCGGCGCCCAGAGAGAGCUGCAGGACGUGCAGGGGCGCCUGGAGGCCAGCGAGCGUGCGGCCAGCAGCCUGCGCGCCUGCCUGGACGCAGACUGCUGCCCCCCGGGCUGGCUGCUCUACCACGGCAAGUGCCUCUUCGUGUCCUCGGAGAAGAAGAGCUGGCGGCUGAGCCAGGACGACUGCGAGGGGAGAGCCUCCCAGCUGCUGCUGCACGACGAGCGGCAGGGGUGGGCGCUGCCGCCUUUCCUGCUCGAGGGCAGCACCAAGUACUGGGUGAAGCCGAGGACCAAAAAUGCUGUGAGGACGGAGGAGGACUUUGGGUGGGUACACGUGGCUUUGGGAAUGCACACUGAUGGGCUCCGGGAUUGUGGAUCUCACAUACUGCUACAGGUCUUACCACUGGGUCUGCGAGCAGCCCCCCAAGCUCAGCAACCUGUCCGAGAUGCUCUCUCCUCUCCUGGCUAGGGGCUGACCCCGGCACCCAUUCUCUGGGGGUGUAGUUUGGGAACGGAGGUGUUGGGCAGUUAAAGGAUGAUUUGUGGAGAAGA